AUGGACUACUCGCUGCGCUGCAACUCCCUCAAGUGUCGCACGCAACUAGAGGGUCGUGCGGUGGUUACGACUUGCAGCCACGUCUUCUGUCUUCCCUGCUCCGAGUCACUCGCUCUCGCCAACGUCAACACCAACACCAGAGUCUGUCCCGCAUGUGAGACACAGUUGAGCAAUCCCGAUGACGCGGUUGUGACCACACUGAACCCUUCCGAGGACUACAAGACCAGUGUACUCAGUGGGCUGUCUCCUACGGUGAUUAUGGAGUGUGCUGGUCGCGCACUGUCGUUCUAUAGCUACCAGACUGCGCAAGAGAUUAUCUACCAAGAGUUUCUGGCCCGCAGUCUUACGGACAAAUAUGCGAAUCUCAGUACGCAGAUGGACAAGAUCAUCCACGAUGCGAAUUCAGAGAUUGUCAGCCUACGAGACAAGCUGUCUGGUCUGUCAAUGACUGCUACACACGUUGCAUAG